AGUGGUGCUCAGAUGGGCAUGUUUUGCUCUCUGUCCUUCCCUACUCUGCUUUCACCCCCACUUUCUCCUCUCUUCUCAUGUUCUUGGCUCCACUCUCCUGCUCCUUUGCUUGUGUGGGUCUGACACCUGUUGAACUGUUCAGUGGGUCAAAUCAGCUCACUACCUGAAAAACAAUCUUUUUACUGCAUUAACUCUCUGCUGCAUUAACUUUUUGCCUGUUUAAUGAGUUAAAGAGGUUUGCAGAUGAGUCUGAAGAGACCAGGAGUGUGAGCAAGACUCAGAAACAGACAUUGGGAAAAAUUAAAAAAGGCAACAUGAAAGAAGCUGAGAAGCCACGUGCAGAGGACAAAUUCUGUUGCAUUUCCAAGCUGAAGGUAUUUCUGCUGGCACUGUCACUUGCAUUUCUUGGUAAAACCAUGUCUGGUGCUUACAUGAACAGCAUGUACACACAGAUAGAGAAACAGUUUAAUAUCCCAGCUUCUUUGGUGGGGAUCAUUAAUGGAAGCUUUGAAAUUGGUAACUUGCUGCUGAUAGCAUUUGUGAGUUACUUUGGAGCAAAGCUUCACAGGCCCAGAAUAAUUGCUUUGGGCUGCACAAUUCUGUCAUUUGGAUGUCUUUUGAUAUCACUUCCUCAUUUCCUGUUUGGAAGGUAUCAUAUUGAAAGCAGCAUUUCACAACGGGAAAACUUUUCAGUGAUGCCCCUAUGCCUUGUUAACCAAAGCUCAUUCUCUUUGCCUACAGAGGAGCCAUCAACAGAAUGUGAAAAAGAGCCUGGGUCCUUGCUGUGGAUAUUUGUGAUGGUUGGAAACAUAGUGAGAGGAAUGGGUGAAACUCCCAUCAUGCCUUUGGGCAUUUCCUAUUUGGAGGAUUUUGCCAAAGCAGAGAAUUCACCUUUCUACCUGGCAUGUCUACACACAGCAACUGUAGUUGGCCCCUUCCUUGGUUUAUUGUUGGCAUCAUUCUGUGCAGAACUGUUUGUUGAUGUUGGAUCAGUAGGUCCAGAUGAGAUAACUAUAACAGCUACUGAUGCCCGCUGGGUUGGAGCGUGGUGGUUGGGCAUUUUGAUUUGUGCAUUGCUGAACCUUCUCGUGGGAAUACCGUUCUGGUUUUUGCCCAAGUCACUUGUGAAGGAAGGUGAAACCAAUGAACCUGAGGAGACAAGUGAAAAAAGUGUAGUACCACUGCAAGACAAUGACAAAAAUGAAGCCAAACAGAACAUGUAUGAAAUUGCUAAAGAUUUCAUCCCCUUCCUCAAGGCUCUGUUUCGCAACCCCGUGUACAUGUUAUUUAUAUGCAUAACUGUGCUACAGUUCAGUGCCUUCGAUGGCAUGGUAUCCUUCAUGCCCAAAUACCUGGAACAGCAGUUUGGAAAAUCUGCAUCAGAUGCCAUCUUUUUAAUUGGUGUUUACAACUUACCAGUUCUAUGCGUGGGGUAUUUUUCUGGAGGCUUAUUCAUGAAGAAAUUCAAGAUAAAUAUCUAUCAGGCUGCGAACAUAGCAUUUUGGGUAUCUUUACUGGAAUAUCUUCUCUACUUUGCUGCCUAUUGGACUGUCUGUGAUACUGCACCAGUUGCUGGUCUUACAGUUUCCUAUGAAGGAAUAGAACAAAUUUCAUAUGUAGAAAAUACUCUACUUGCUGACUGCAACAGGGAUUGUGAUUGUUCACUUAAAAUAUGGGACCCCGUUUGUGGGAACAAUGGAAUCACUUAUGUGUCACCUUGUCUUGCUGGGUGUAAAUCCUCAAGAGGAACUGGAAGAAGUGUGGUAUUUGAAAACUGCACCUGUGUCGCAGCCUCAGGGUUUUCCUCUCAAAAUGUCUCUGCAAUUCUGGGCCAGUGUGAUGAAGAUGAAAACUGUGACAAGAUGCUUCAUUAUUUUUUGAUAUUGUCAUUAGUCUGCAGCUUCAUUUUUUCCUUAGCAGCCAUGCCUGGAUACAUGGUCUUAAUGAGGUCUCUAAAGCCUGAAGAAAAGUCAUUUGGAGUGGGUAUCCAUGGACUGGCUUCAAGAGUAUUUGCUGGAAUUCCAUCUCCCAUUUAUUUUGGAGCUUUGAUAGAUACCACUUGCCUGAAGUGGGGUACUAUGACUUGUGGUGGAGAAGGAGCCUGUAGGAUGUACGAUAUUGUCACGUACAGGUGGCUCUAUCUUGGCCUGCCAGCAGUGUUACGUGGAGUGUCCUAUAUCCCAAGUUCACUAAUUCUCCUUAUUUUAAGGAAGAGACAGAAAUCUGAAAAGCUGGUCUUAUUAAAUGCACCAGUAGAAAUGCAGGACAAAGAAGAAGGAGCAGUGAAAUAGCAUUUCAAAGCAGGACAUGUUGUGAAAAAUAAUCGCAGUGUAAAUAUUGGAUAUAUCCUAGUGAAAAUUUUUUUACUUUAGCUAAUGAACACUUGGACAGAGAUUAAUAGAAUUACACAUAGUUGUAUCUUAAUUAUGUCAUUAAAGUAUCAGUUUGUAAACAGAAGGCGCAGAAAAAUGUGUUUGGUGCAAAAGAA